AUGGCUGCCGCUGCGAUUCCAACUCAGAACCCGGCAGUUAGAUCCGAAUCUAAGACUGCGAGGAAGAAGAAGGCCAAGACCCCCUCGACCGAAACAGAAGCUUCCACCACCGCGUCUGGCGAGGCUCCCAUAUCCACCAGUCAAGCAGCAAGCAACAGCGGGGAUGGUUCUUACGAGAGUCCGUAUAUCAAGGAGCUGUACAAGAACAUCCGCAAUGCCAACAAGAAAAUUGCCAAUGCCUCCAAGGUUGACGGCAUCGUUGCGGAACAUUCUGGCAAGACCCUCGAUCAAUUGGUUGCGGAGCGCAAAAUCAAUGCCGACCAGAAGGCCCAGAUCUUAAAGAAGCCAGCUCUUCAAGCAUCCCUGGCACAGUUGGAGGAGCAGAUCGCCCAGUACAAGAAGUUCGACCAGGAGUACAAGGCCAGAUCCCAGGCUGAGAAGGCGGAUUUUGAGAAGACCCUCACCGAGCGUGCAAGCAAGGAGCUCGAGGACGCAGUUGUUGCAGCCAAGACCGAGGCAGUGACCACAGCCCGAAAGGAACAAGAGAGCAAUCUUCUGCUACUGUCGCAAUUCCUAAGAUUAGCCGCUAUUCGACGAGGAGAGGAUGAGGACCCUGAGCUGGAGGAGAAUAAGGCUCUUGAGGGACUUCUGGCUAGGGUGUACACUGGUGAUGGAAACGCAGUUGCUUCAAUGCUAAAUCUCAUCAAUGGCUCUAGUGAUGCCGUCACCUCAGUCAACAAUGAAAUCUUGACUGUCACUUAUGCCGAUAUCAAGCGUGUCACACUUGCUCAGGCUCCCCAAGUCGCCGUUCUCGAGGGUGUUACCGAAUCUGUGGCUGAGUUGGAGAUCAAGGAGGAGAGCGAUGCUACAAUUUUGAACGUCACCGAGCCUGAAGCAACAAAUGGCAACAUCGAGAAUGCUCAAGAUCUUCCAAAGAUCCCAGUCAACGGUGAUGUAGUUGCCGGCGCCGCUACUGAUUUUGACAUACCGAAUGAGCUGUCCACCUCUCAGGAAUGGGUUGAGGUUCCUCGCGAUGCUGUUACGGAGACCGGUCCUGGAGUGGCCGUGACUGCUUCUAUACCUGUCCCUGCAAACGCCGCUGGCCAAAACAGCUGGGCCGAUGACCAACCAGACAGCCCUACCGAGGUUAGUGCCCCCCCUAUCAGCACACUUCUCCCAGACUGUAAAGCUUUUGCUAACUUGUCGGUGCUAUAUAGACAACCACUGCUGCCCCAGCCAGCAAGGACGACGGCUUCCACGAAGUCCAGCGCUCCCGAGGCGGCAGAGAUAGAGGCCAAGGUCAACACCGCGGCCGCGGCGGGCGUGGUGAUGGCUAUCGUGGACGUGGCGGCUACCGAGGCGACGGUUUCCGCGGCGGACGCGGCCGAGGUGGUGGAAACCGUGGAGGAGCCCCCCGGCGCCCAGACGAAUCAUAGAUCUCUCUCCUAUGAUUGA